AUGGAUGCUUCAAGAAGACCACCAGCGGGAAUGAUCGUGGCAACUGAAAAGGACAGAUGUAACAAGACCGUCGACAUCUAUCAAGCAGUGUCAACUCCACCUGUAAGCGAGAAGAAUAGAGGAAGACCGUUGCAUUGUACUUAUCGGAUUCGUGUGAGACCCGCUCGGGAAGAUUGGAUCGUGUUCGUUAGAUUCACCAGAUUAAGAAUAGGAAUACCGGCAGAAGACAGAAGAAAGUGCAUAGGAGGACACUUACAAAUCGUAGACGGUUAUAGAGAUAGCAACGAAACCAAUCGCAAUUCUCCGGGUUUCUAUUGCGGCGAGAUCGAUUCUCCCAAAUUUUUCGUCUCCGAGACACCCUACGUCAAGAUCGUUUUCCACGCUAAUAACUACGGACACGACACUUACCUACAGUUCGAUGCCAACGUCGAGCAACAGAGCGAAGUUCACGCUCGAUACGGACAAUACGCACAACUGUAUCCUCACAGAAGAGGCUCUCCUAUACCCGGAACGUACUGCCAAAGAAAAUUUCACGAUUGCUCACCCGGCAGAUGUUUCGUUCAAUCUCCCGGUUUUCCAGGUAUCUAUCCACGUAAUCUUCAUUGUAAAUAUCAUUUGAGAGUAAGCCAGAGCUUAGUGGGUUUGGAUCUUACUACUUUCGACGUCGACGGGCUCCGUUGCGACAAUUUGCUCAUGUGCUUUCCUCGACCUGUCACGAGAAAUCAGGAGGAAUGCCCCUACGAUUACGUGCGUGUUUACGACGGAGCUACCGAAGACAGUUCCCUGAUCGUUACGCUGUGUGGUAGAGGGAGAUUAAAGUCGAAUAUCAUUGCCUCGGGCCCUGAAAUGUUGGUGGUCUUCGUCAGUUCGCCCGCCGGACCUCUGUUGAAUACCGGCUUCCAUUUCAAAGCCGACAGCAUCUACGGAGCUACGGAAUCUCAGCCUCUACAAUUGAAGCAUAAAAACUGUACGAUAGAACGUCACUUGGGAGAAAAUCAGCAACACGUAUUUUCUAAUUUACGCUCUUGGUAUCCCGUUAACACCAGCUGUAGUUAUAGGUUUCUGGUGGCGGAGGAUGAGGUAGUCAGGAUGGAAUUCGUUUGGUUCCGAGUCGAGAGAGUCACUCUAUGCGAAGAGUCGUUAAAAUUAUACGAUUCCUACGAUGCUGAUCCGGCUAAAAUUAUAUCUAAAAUCUGCGAUAUCAACCGUCCUAGGACGGAUCCUCCCAGGUCUGUUUAUGAAACUACCUCCCCCUCCAUGUUCAUCGAAUUUUUUAGUAAAACGGGAUCACUCGAUGGCUCUUCUUUGGGUUACGGAUUCGAAGUGAAAGCUAUUAAUGUCGGCUCCAGAGGCUCUUCCUCCACACACUCUACCUGCAGCAGGACCUACUUAUCGGAAAAUGGAUUGUCGGGACACUUCGGUAUUACCGCUCACGACAUCAACAUCACUACGCACUCCCAGCCUCUAUGGUGUAAUUAUACGUUCCAUGCGCAUCGCUUGCCACACGGCAGAGUCAACGUAACCAUAGCGUCUGGAUUCCAGACGUUAACAGAAAAUUGUGAUCAAUGUCAAGAAGAGCUGAUUGUUAUACAAUUUGUGCAAGAUAACAAGAGUCCGAUUUGUCUCUGCUCCAUGGGUAGGAAAAAAGUUCAUAGUGUCGCCUCACUCGGUCCUAUAUUGCACAUGAAUGUGAAAACAGAACCGGUUAGCGAGGGGCGCAACUUCUCUCCUAAAGAUCGCCAGUUGGCAGAAAUCGAUUACAACUUUUAUAGCGAAACGCGUUGCGGACACGAAAAUUUAGAGCUAGAUCUUCAAGGUGUUCUGGUUUUUCCACCUUUAGAAAUGGACAAACCAUGCACCUCGGGUUGUACUCGUCAACUGUGGUGUAAUUGGUUUAUACCGGUUUUUCACAGGAUGGACGUAGCAUUUCGACUCGAUUACUACAAUAGUCCGGGUAACUGCAGCACAGAUUUGUUAACCAUAGAUCAAAUGCAAUACUGUCCCAAGAACGGGGUCAGAGAUCGCGAAUUUUUAGUAAGAAAAGAAGAGGUAACGGAAGUGGGUAUUUCUAUCCAAGUCCGCACGAAGGACGCCACCAUGACGAAUUUUUCUCUGUGGUGGACGCAGCUGAAAGUCCUUCCUCCACCCUCGGGCACGGAAUCUUUGUUAAGCUUGGAGAAAGAUUGCGAAUUUCUUUGUACCUUCUCCAGGACUUGUUUGACUAAGGAGCUGGUAUGCAACGGUGUUCCGAAUUGCCCCAACUUUAACACAGAUUACCAGUUAACGAUACGAAGGGAUGACGAAGAAUUUAGUCUGUGCGAGACCCAAGACGAUCGUUUCCAGUUCUAUUGGUGGAUAGUCGGAUUGGGUUUGGGUAUCUGCGCCUGUGUCACGCUUUGUCUCAUCUUUUCACUCUGUCGAAGGUGCCAUGCUGGAAGAGAAAGGUUUUAAAUCUAUUUUUUGGACAACUUUUAUCCUUUUAUUGGGGUGAGUCACCGCUCUCUUUUAUCCUUUGGUGUUUUAUUGCCUUCUGUGGAGGGAGGACACGGAAGAAAGCUCCAUCACUACCCUGUUCUAUUCCGAAGGACGCACUCUUCAAGACUGUGCUUCUAAGUAAACGUCUUUUCCGUACGAAGAGUCAAAUUUCUAUCUCAUGUUGUUAUAUACCGUAUAUGGAAGAAAAAAUUCAUUUCAAAAAUUUGCUUUUGUGAAACGAACCAAACAUAAAAUUAAUGUGAACGAUUGCUCUUGUAACAUCCCAUGUUGUACAGUUUACAUGAAAAAUAAA